AUGCAGCAUAAUUAUCGCUCCUUCCCACAGCAGCCGCCCCAAAGAUCGCCUCACGCAACGAGUGCGGCGCGGCGAGGAAUCGGACCCAUGGGCGCUACCACGCACGCGCCAGGCCCCAUGACACCAGCUGCUGUGCCUGCACCAGCAACAGUAGCCAUGCCAGCUCACGAUCGCCUCAAAUUUUCGAGCCGCAAGCCCACCGAUACCAAUCUACCCGACGGCCUUGAUGCUCUCACCAUCGGCGACGGGGCCCAGCGGUAUGCACAGCUCAAAGAAGUCGAGCGUCGACUUGACUCAACAAUAACUCGCAAGCGCCUCGAUAUUCAAGAUUUCGUCAACCGCAAUGUUAAGCGAUCUCGUACGCUGCGCAUUUGGAUCGGAAACACAGUUGAAAACCAGGCAUGGCAGGCUGACUCACUUGACGUUGAUACCUUUGACUUCAGUACACACCUCGAGCCCGUCUAUCGCGUCAAGAUUGAGGCACGCCUACUCGAUGAGGAUGAGGCGUUUGAAAGUGACGUCAGCGACGACGAGGCUUCGCCACACACCGCGCCCGAGAGUACACGCCCACGAUUCUCUCAUUUCAUCAAGGCACUCAGCGCUGACUUUGAGCGGAAUCGAGGCAAAGAUAACUCCGAUCGGCCCAUAGAGUGGCAAAAGUCGAACACCGCAGCGCAAGCGGUAGAAUUUGACCAGCUUGAAUUUAAGCGAGCCGGCGACGAGAAUAUGAAUAUCACAAUUAACCUCUUCCGAGAUGAGACGCCCGAGCGCUUCUUACUCCGGCCCGCCCUCGCCGAGAUACUUGAUACCGAUGUCGCAACGCGCGCCGAAGCCCUCAUGGGCGUUUGGGACUACAUCAAGGUUAUGGGCCUGCAAGAUGAUGACGAGAAGCGGUCUUUUGAGUGCGAUAACCGUUUAAAAGCCCUUCUCCAACGUGAUAAGGGCUACAUUCCCUACCUCGCUGAAAGCAUCAAUCAGCAUCUGGCUCCUAUGCCACCUAUCAAACUGCCUUAUACUAUACGAGUCGACAAGGCCUUUCACGAGAGCCCGCAGGCCACAAUCUACGACGUUCAAGUACAGAUGGAUGACCCACUCAAAACAGCCUUCGCUGCCUACCUCGCAAACCCAACAUACGUCCAAAACCUGCGCGAAAUAGCCCAGCUGCAUGACCAUCUUGCUCUUCUGGUGCAGCGCAUCUAUAACUCAAAGGCCAAGUACGGCUUCCUCGAGGCCCUCUCCCAGGACCCUACACAAUUUAUCAUGAGGUGGCUCAGUUCCCAGAAGCGUGACCUUGAGGUAAUUUCUGGGGUCGCCACGCGAGGAGGCCAAGACGCGAGUGGCGAUGAUUGGAGAAAGGGAGGUAAAAAUAGUAUCUGGACUAGUAAUAGUGUGCGAGAGAGUGUCAAUUUAAUGGUCAGUCAAAGAACCAAGGUCUAA